AUGACUGCCGACCCCCCUGUCUCGCAAUCGUUCGGCGAACGCAGAGGACAUCAUCUUGCCCCGUUGCAGACCAACUUCAGUCGCCCAACGGCCGGCCAGCCCGCCAAACCUACAUCCUCGCGACUACGCCGUGCUCGACCAACCGACUCCGACUAUGGCCCUGAGGCUCCUCGAGUCCCGCUUCAGCCGAAACGCCAAACUUCCAAGACCAGCUUGCGUGGUCUUUUUGGUGGCCGUGAUAAGAGCUCGCAGGCCGCCGCGCCGCAGCUCGAUAGCAAGCUAGCCGAAAUCGACGAGGCCGAACGACCAGACCUGGAGGUGGUCUCCAUGUCGGAAGCUCCAUUGUCGUCGCCUCCCUGCCCAACUCCCCGGACAGCCACCUCCACUCCAGGUCUGACCUCCCCGAUCGUCGAGCACAAGGUCGAACACAAACGUCAUCGCAACACACUCAAGUCGCCUCGCGCGAGAACCUUUGAGCAGAAGCCGCCCUCGCAGGAGCAGUACGGCUGGAAGCCUCCACCCCUCUUCCAAGCGUAUCCACAGUCUAUCAAGCAUGAAUGUCUUCCAGCACCCGCGCUGUCCGCGGACUCGAUUCUACGACUCAAUGCGGCGGCUGGAAAAGGCACUGUGGAUGAUAACCGCAGUGGAGACGACCGUAAAAAGGAGCAAAGAGAACGAAAGCACCAGCGGACGGUUUCGAGCACGAUGAACAAGGUGGAGUGGUCGCGUAAAAUCUUUGUGCUCGCAACUGCCGGUUUCAUUCUUCAGUAUGGGGCGCAAGGGAAACAUGAUCGACUCCCCGAGAAAAUGCUCCAACUCGGCCCUCAGUCUGUGGCAUUUGCCAGCGAUGCCAUCCCCGGCAAACAUUGGGUGGUUCAGAUCUCCCAGAAUCCAGCGGCAGAUGCUGCCACACCUCCGGGCCCUGAACCUUCCAAGUCCCGGUUCUCACUCUUCCAACGAUCCCAAGUGCGCCGAUUUACACGAAGCAUGCUCCUCGUUUUCGACAACCCUGACGCCAUGAUUUCCUGGCUGAUGGCGAUCCGCACCGAGAUCGAGGCUCGCGGAGGGCCCAAGCUUCCUACGGAAAAGCACUCCGAGGAUGAGUUCACGCCGCAGCUGCGUCCCAGAUCCAGCGUGCGCCAGAUCGUGCAGAAGGAUCCGAACCGCGUUUCCAGCGUGUUCCUUCAACCUCAGAUGCGGGAAGAGGAGGAGGACCUUCAGUCUGUCGGAGGGUUGACCUUACCGUCUCGGUCAAACUCAUACAUGUCGGACAUUCGCCGCUCGAUGGUCGACGUUUCGUCAGUAUCCACUGGUCCGACAGAGGCUACAGCGCCUACGAAUGGUGCGGGUUCAUUUACUUCUAAUGAUCCCCGCACUCCCUCGUUCACAUCUGCAAAUCCUACCUCCCCAAUUGGUCCCAGCUCUCCCGUUGCAGAGGAUCGUCUCGUGGAGAUCGAUCGUACCAACCCUCGCAGCCCAUCCUCGUCCGUCCAGGGUAAACGUCAAUCGUUACUCGGGUCCCCUUACGGCCAAUUCACACCUACUCCCAGAACCGUGGAUGCUUCCCAAACAACUCCUCGCCCGGACACCUUGAUCCGGUGUGCCUCGCCUCCAGCUCCAAACUUCAGUGUCCCAUCGUUCAGCAAAAAGUUCGUUGCAAGACCGGGCCCGACUCCCAUCAAUCAGUUUUCACCCCCCUCUUCUGCUGCCGGCUUUCUCCCUGCCUCCACAUUUUCUUCGUCCCCUCCUCACUCUGAAGACGCCCUGACGAAGACUUUACGCUCUUCUCAUGCCCCCACAAAUUUCUCUCGGGUACCUCGAUCCACAGCGCCGGGGUCACCAGACUCCAGCAGCAGCUUCACCCAGCGACCUGUCAGCGUGGUGAUGCGUCCAGGCAUGAAACCCCAAGUCAACAGCGAAACACGGGUUCAAACCCUUUCUCCUCCUCCAGAGCCAAUUCCCCGGCCCCGCGGCUCUGCUCUCUAUGCGGAAAGCCAGGCACAGAGCGUGUCACGCCGCAAGAGCAUGCCGGGCUUGCUCGUCGGCCCCCCCGCCGCUCCGCCUCCUAACUGCCCGCUCCCGAAGAUCCCUUCGCCUAUUUCUGCGCAGGCGCAGGCACCGGCACCGUGGUCCUCAAGUCCGCCGCCGCCGCAGGAUCGGUUCUACGGGUUGUCGGACGUACGCGAGCGUGUUGAUCAGCGGAAAAGCACUUUCAUGUCCGGGCCGAAAAUCGCUUCUCCUAGGCUAAGAUGA